CUCCCUUAUCACAUAGCGAAGUCGGCCAACGGCUCAGACGAUUCCGGAAGUCCUCCGCCCCGCCCCGCCCCGCCCCGCCCGGCCCCCGAGGGGAAAGGGAGAAAAGGACCUUCCCCCCCACCCCCCUCCCUCCCGCCUCCGCUUCAGCAUAACCAGUAUCAGCAUGAUGGCAAUUAUACCAUGUGGAGGUACUUCAGUACCCCAGUUGGGAGUACAACCUCAAUUAAUGUUCAGAUAUACGUCUCAAGUAGCAAAGGCAUAUUGCUUUAGUAACAAGCUGCUGAUCCCCCAAACUGGUACCUUAAACAAAGAAAAAUAUUUGGCAUCAUCAUGUGCCAGUUUCUUUGCCCCAGUGCAUUCUUCUGCUCUAUUCAAUAAUGGGCCAUGUCAAAAUCUUCGACGUAAUACGGGGGCAAGACUUGUUGUCAGAGCUGAUAGCGAUUACUACUCUGUCCUUGGUGUGUCAAAAAAUGCCAGUAAAUCGGAAAUAAAAAGUGUUGGAUCUGUAGGUAUGUGCCCGCUCUUUCGUCCUUAUUUGCUUCCUUUAAACUUGUGUCAGGAAUGUUGGCACAGUCCACGAGAGGCUUAUCGGAAGCUUGCGAGGACUUAUCAUCCAGAUGUGAGCAAAGAACCUGGAGCAGAGCAAAAAUUUAAGGAGAUUAGCAAUGCUUAUGAGGUGUUGUUGGAUGAUGAGAAGCGAGCUGUAUAUGAUAAAUAUGGAGAAGCUGGUCUCAAAGGUGCUGGCAUGGGCAUGGGGGAUUUCACUAACCCAUUCGAUCUCUUUGAGUCAUUGUUUGAAGGCAUGGGUGGAAUGAGUGGUAUGGGAGGAAGCAGAGCUGCUCGUAAUCGGCCAAUGCAGGGUGAUGAUGAGAUCUAUUAUCUUGUCUUAAAUUUCAAGGAAGCAGUCUUCGGAGUGGAGAAAGAGAUUGAAAUAAUGAGGCUAGAGAAUUGUGCGACCUGUGAUGGGUCUGGUGCCAAACCUGGUACAAAGCCGAGCAAAUGCAACACUUGUGGAGGUCAAGGCCAGGUUGUAUCUUCUGCGAGGACCCCACUGGGUGUAUUCCAACAAGUCAUGACUUGCUCUUCUUGUGGUGGGACUGGAGAGUUCUCCACCCCUUGCAACACAUGUAGAGGGGAUGGCCGCGUGAGGCGGACUAAGAGGAUCGGUCUGAAAGUUCCAGCUGGAGUAGACUCUGGUAGCCGGUUGAGGGUCCGAUCAGAAGGGAAUGCUGGAAGAAGAGGUGGCCCUCCUGGAGACCUGUAUGUAUCAAUUGAGGUUCUCUCUGACCCUGUGCUCAAGCGAGAUGGGAUUAAGAUCCUUUACACAUGCAAGGUGUCAUAUAUUGAGGCAAUCCUUGGGACCACAAUUAAGGUCCCAACUGUGGAUGGAAUGGUGGAUCUGAAGAUCCCACAAGGGACCCAGCCAGGCACUACGCUGGUGAUGGCGAAGAAGGGGGUCCCUUACCUUGGGAAGCCAAAUGCUAGGGGUGAUCAGUUGGUUCGGGUGCAGGUGGAGAUACCAAAGAGACUGAGCAGCGAAGAGAGGAAACUGAUAGAAGAGCUUGCAAACCUCAACGAGGCCAAGACUGCAAGCAGUCGGAGAUAGUCGAGAGAUCACUUGCCCCUCUCGUGAAUUUUGGAUUCAUUUGAGCUCCCACCGAGCUUGCGGUUUCUUAAACAAGUGUUAUUUUGACCACCGAUCAUACAAGGGGGAAAUUCAGAUGCUUAAUAUUUCAGUAUAGUAUAAAUUUUUGUUGGAUCAUUUAGAAAGAAAAGAAAUAGGGUAGAAGUUGAAGGAUGUCGGGGAGAAUCGGUCAUGCCUGUAUUUAAACUGAGAUCUUUUGGGAAUUUGAUAUGUUCUAAGUGGCAUCUCAUGAAUAGUUUGUGCGCGAAUUUCAUGAUAGAAGAAAACACUUGACUUGCAAAUAUUUGCAGCGUCCAAGGCUGUGAUAGAAGGAUUUUUA